AUGUGUCCCGCAGGAGACCAGGCAGUCCGAGAGUCGGUUUUGCGAUCUCCUAGGCGCUCUGCUUCAAAACAUGCAGCUGCCCUGCGGUUGUCGGAGCGUUCAACUCGCCGGAUACUCCAUGACGAUCUUCACUUCCACCCCAAUAAAAUGGUAGUCGCACAAGAACUCUCCGAACAUGAUUUUGUUUCACGGCAAAGGGCAUGCGAAACGCUCCAUUCAAAUGGAAAACAAUUCAAAAAGUUCUUUACCAUCGACGAUCCCAAAUACGAAAGUCUGGAGGGGUGCAAGUUUAUUGGUUACAAAGAAUACGUCUUUAUGUACGGUGGAGAAUACUUGAUAGGUCGAGGAAAGUGGAACUACAAUUUGUGGGUUUUCGAUACCAUAAGAGAAAGAUGGGAAAGGAAAUGCGUGUUGCCAUAUCCGAGACGACAUUUCGAUACCUGCAUUGUUGGCACUAAAUUGUUCAUAACAGGGGGUACUGGUACUUUCAGAGUUACCCAAGAAAACACGUUCUGGUACGAUUUCAAAAAUGACAAAUGGAGCACACAACUACGACUACCUUUCUUCGACAGACAAUUGAAGUGCUGCUGCUUUUCUAACAAAUACUUCAUAUUGAGUAUCAGUAAUAAAUGUGGCUAUUUUUUGAUAGAUGAAGAUUUUGGCAAUUGGAUGAAAAUGCCUCUCAACGUAGAUGAUAGCCUCUUGAAAAAUCAAUCCGAUUUCGGGCUUUUUACCUAUGAAGAUAAAUUCUACGUGAAGGGAAAGGAUUUGAUAGAGUUCACUUCCACCGGAGACAAAAUAACAGUUUCAUCUGUUAAAAACAUAACCAACAAAGACUGUGAUAAAAUGGAGAUUACUGUUUGCGAUGAUACCGUUUAUACCCUUUACGAGUACAGAUUGGACAACAAAGAAACAUUUUCCUUGGAAAGGUACCAUAUGAAAACGGGGCGAAUUGAUUUCAUCUUCCAAGAUAUUGACAAUGAUAGCAUAAUUGAAGCUGAUGGUGAGCAAUUCAAGUUCAGCAAAACGUUGAAAUUGUUCUCAUUCAACCACUAUUCUCUAGUGGAUACCAAUGAAGUGAUAAACGAUUCUUUCAAUGUAUAA